UUCAUAAGAGCUGGAGCAACAGAGCCCGCUUAUUCCUCCUCUUUUGCUUCGCUGCUGACAUGCAUUCUUUCUUGUCUCCAUUUAACAAGGCGAUCUUAGUGGCUUUGUUUAUUUUUGCCAUUUUACUCAUUCUUUAUGUAAUACUAUGGUAUAUAUGCCGAGACGUGGAUUGCGACCACGGUAUCUGACGCUUGUCGUGAGAAAAGCAGACGAUACCCUGACUUUGGCUUAUACGGAGACGCGCCAGGGUGACCCUUUGUUUUGCCCACACAAAAUGGAAGGGUUGCCAUAGUGACGGGGGGUGCCCGAGGAAUGGGUUAUGAGACUGCAAGACACCUGGCCAGGCUUGGCAUGCAUGUGGUUAUAGCUGGGAACUCUGAAGAGGAAGGCCUGCAAGCUGUGAAGAAGAUCCACGAAGAGGGCAGCGAGGGGAAAGUGGAAUUUCUGAUCCUGGACCUGUGUUCCCUGAAGUCGGUACGGCAGUUUGUCCACAGGUUUAAAGCCAGGGCUCUACCACUUCACGUCCUUGUCAACAAUGCCGGUGUCAUGCUGGUUCCCGAGGGAACGACGGAGGACGGUUUCGAGCUGCACUUUGGUCUGAACUAUCUAGGACACUUCCUGUUGACAAACCUCCUCCUGGACAAACUGAAGAGGUCUGGGAGACACAACGCCUGCUCCCGUGUCGUCACCAUGUCCUCCGCCACACACUACGUUGGAAGACUCAAUAUGGAAGACCUACAGGGCAGGUCCUGCUACAGUGCGCAUGGUGCCUAUUCUCAGAGUAAACUGGCUCUGGUUCUCUUCACGUACCAUCUGCAGGAGAAGAUAACAGCAGGAGGGUUCCCAGUAACAUCCAACACAGUAGACCCAGGCAUGGUGGACACUGACCUGUACAACAACCUCUGUAUUCCAGCCCAGGCAGCCAAGAAACCUGUUGCCAAAAUGCUGUUUAGGACCCCAGCCGAGGGAGCGUCUACUUCUAUCCUGGCUGCCACUGCCUCGCAGCUGGAGGGGGUCGGAGGCUGCUACUUCUAUAACGGGGAGAGAACUGAAUCGGCUGACAUUACUUACGAUCACAACGUGAGGGCUGAGCUGUGGAAACAGAGCUGUGCACUGGUUGGUCUUCGGGAGUCCUAGAGGAGGAACCAGGAACCAUGAUCUUAGAAGUAUGCCAAGAUCAGUGGCAUGACACCUCCCUCCAGCGUCAACAACAACCAAGCUGCGUCAACAACAACCAAGCUGCGUCCCAAUUCUCAAGCCUUCCCUUCGGCCCCAAGUGUGCACUUGUUCCCUUCCCUUCAUGGAUUUAAAAGCACUGGUAUAGGAAAUAUGGUAGCAACUCCCUCUAGCCUAGGCUGACACCAAUCCAAUGCUUUUAAAUUCAUGGGGAGGAGAGCACAAGUGCAUAUUUUAGUAGUGUCGGGAUACAGCCCAAGUCAGCCCCAGCCAGCACUACAUACAGCGACAGCCUGUGGACUUAGGCUUCCUGAUUACUUAGCAACAUCUAGCUACAGCACAAACCUUGGUUGUUGCCUCUACAGUAACUGUCCUCUCUUGACCUCUGUCCUCACAGUACUGCGUAACACACCAGCAAUUGGAAUCGACUCUUCAGCAUUUCAUAUCUUCUAACAUAGCUCCUCCUCCGCAACGACAGUUCUGAAGACACCCAUUCUACCAUGCGGCAAGCUCUAUUAAACACAUGCUGAACUGCACAUUGAGUGAUGGAAUUGAUGUUUUUUAUAUUGCAAUACACGUUCUGCUGCCAAAUGUAUUAAGCUUUGGUACUGUAGCUCCCUCUUCUGGAAUCGCAGAUAACAAAACAUUGAAGAACACAAAGAACAACAUCGGAGCUACUAAUAUCUCAUCGAAACAGACCCAUCUUUUUUUCUGUCUAAAAUUGGACCCUCUGUCCAUUCUUUUUCUCGUACUUGGACUCCCAUCAGGGGCGGACUGGCCAUCUGGCAUUUCGGGUAAAUGCCAGAUGGGCUGGUCCAUUUUUAUCCGAGUGGGCCUGUGUAAAUCUUUUUUUUUAAACAAAAUGCUCAUUAUCUGGCUAAUAAUGGGGGCCAAAAGGGGAAAAAAUUAUGUUGUGUUAGUAUAAUGCCAGAGGCCAUUUCUGGUCCUAGUCCACCCCUGACUCCCAUCAAGGACUGGACCAAAUAUCUGUAGAUGUACCGCCUCAUAGCUGUGAUCAAAAAUAUCAUAUCAAAUAUGCUUUGGUGAAGGGCUAACAAUGACCACCAUGAGACUCAAACUUGGUUAGCCUUAUUCCCGCUUAAUUUGCACUUGCCUCAUUUAAUGCGUGUGUCCAAUCCUUGUUGUUGUCGUCAUCCAGGAAAAAAACUGACAACGAGCUUCCUCAUAGUACAGUAGAUGCCUUUGCCUUGUUUGACUUACUGUGCCCAGAGGGGAUGUUCUGCCCUGCUAUCUCCACUUCACUGUGAAAUGUUGUCGUGAUUUUUGAUGUGUCUGUGGCAUACUGUGAUGACAAAAUGAUGCUCAUCUUCUGUGUUCUGAAACAGUAAUAACAUGUUAAUGGUUGGUGGAUCGUAUUUUCAGACACGCCAUUUUCAGUCUUAGAUUAUGAAUCUUUAAAUUACUGUAAGUGAUUCUCAUGAUAAGAUGUCUCUAGUGUGGAGAGUUCUAACUUGGGCGCUGCCUGUAAUUUGUGCUCGUGUUCGAUGGCUGCUGGAAUUACAAACACUUGCUAUGACAUCCUUUUAAUUGCGAUGGCUAAUAGGGACUGCACAUCUUCAUUAUCUAACUUCUUCGAGGUGUCUACAAUCCAUUGUAGGUGUGCGUGUCGAAAUUCUCAUACAGGAUAUCGUUGACGUUUUGUCUUAGGUGUUUUGUGUUCAAGUACUGUUUGUGUGUAUGCAUACCUAAGCAGUGUACGGUUCAGUUCUGUACAUGCCCCAAGACAACAGUUAUUCAAUAACAACAGUGCCAAUACUUACAUGCUCUUUAGAAUACUAAUGUGGAAGGUUUGAAGAGAAGAGGACUCUCUUCCAAGCUUCCACCUGCUUUUGUUAUGAUACAACACGUGUUAUGAGUCUAAUGCUGGAUAAAAGGCAGACAUAAGAGACACCAAAUGAAAAUCAAAUUGUAUUUGUCACAUGCGCCAAAUACGACAGGACCUUACUGCGAAAUGCUUACUUACAAGCCCUUAACCAACCAUGCAGUUUUAAGAAAAUACCAACAACAACAAAAAUGUAAGAGAAGAAUAACAAAUAAUAAACACCGUAAACAUUAGAUAUAAUACUUCCAAGGUGUAAACAUUUCAGUAAGGCAUUUUCAUCUGAAGUAAUUCGGUUGUCCAUUGUAUUACCACAAUCACUGUGAACGAUGCCUUGUUUUCCAAGUUUUCUUUAGUUGUACUGUACUAAGUAAUUAAGUAGUUAUUCAUUUGAGUUUCAAGUCAUUGAGUGGUUCUUAGAUGCGACUGUGUUGUCCUCACUCAUGUCAUAGAGAAGGAUGUCCACAUUGGACACAAAUCUAAAUAAAAAUCUAUUGUA